GUGCAUCUAAAUCCGAACCCCCCCGCUCUUGGUCAGAGGGGGAGUAAAGCAAACAACGGCGGACAUGGUGCGCCCAGGAAAAGCGCUUGCGGCGCCCCAGCUCCUCCUCCUCGUGUUCCUCUGCCUCCUAGCCGGUGGAGCCCGCGCAUCCCCGCCCACAGACGCGCUACGCCGCGUCUCCCCGCGCGCGGGGGCCGGUGGCCUCUGCCAGCAGCUGCUCCUGCCGCAGGGUUACCCGUGCACCGAGCACACCGUUCAAACGGAUGAUGGCUUUCUUUUGUCUCUUCAGCAUAUUCCACAUGGCAGAAAUGGAAUUGCAGAUAAUACUGGACCUCCAGUUUUUCUUCAGCACGGUCUUUUCCAGGGUGGAGAUACAUGGUUCAUAAACUCCAAUGAACAAUCACUUGGAUAUAUCCUUGCUGACAAUGGUUUUGAUGUUUGGGUCGGAAAUGUUCGUGGCACACGUUGGAGUAAAGGCCACUCUACUCUCUCUGUUCAUGAUAAGCUUUUCUGGGAUUGGAGUUGGCAAGACCUUGCUGAAUACGACGUUUUGGCAAUGUUAAGCUAUGUAUAUACAGUUGCACAGUCCAAAAUUUUGUAUGUGGGACAUUCACAGGGAACUAUCAUGGGUUUGGCUGCGUUUACAAUGCCUGAAACAGUAAAGAUGAUAAGCUCUGCUGCGCUUCUUUGUCCCAUUUCUUACCUUGAUCACGUCAGUGCUAGUUUUGUUCUUAGAGCAGUUGCCAUGCAUCUUGAUGAGAUGCUUGUUAUUAUGGGCAUCCAUCAGUUGAACUUCCGGAGCGAUAUGGGUGUACAGAUAUUAGAUUCGCUGUGCGAUGAUGAACAUUUGGACUGCAACGAUCUGUUAUCUUCAAUAACAGGUCAAAACUGUUGUUUCAAUUCAUCUCGGAUUGACUAUUAUUUGGAGUAUGAACCCCAUCCGUCAUCAACAAAAAAUUUGCGGCAUCUUUUCCAGAUGAUCAGGAAAGGCAGCUUCGCAAAGUACGACUAUGGAUGGUGGGGAAACCUAAGGCGCUACGGCCAGCUGCGUCCUCCCUCAUUCGAUCUAAGCAGCAUACCGGAAUCACUGCCGAUAUGGAUGGGGUAUGGAGGCCUUGAUGCCCUGGCUGACGUAACAGACGUUGAGCGCACCAUCAAAGAGCUGAGAUCCACGCCAGAGCUCUUGUACAUUGGUGGUUAUGGCCACAUUGAUUUCAUCAUGAGCGUCAAGGCAAAGGAAGAUGUUUAUGUUGACUUAAUGAGGUUUCUCAGGGCCCAGCAGGGAAUGCACAGUAGCUAUUAGGACGCACGUCACGUACGCCUUCAAAUAAAUGCUUAUGCUAUGAUGACAGUACGACCAUGUAAAUACGGACACAGCAUAGCAUGUAAAUACAAACAGUCUAUUGCAUUGCAUGUAAAGUGGUGUGUGGAUUGUUCUCCAUUUGAUGUACUGCUUUCUGAGUACAGUACACAUGUACAUCAGUACAUGUAACAUGUGUAUAUGACAAAAAUGUAGCACAUGCAACUUGGCUUAUUUCGUGCCGAUUGUGUGCUUGCAUUUGGGGAGGAAAUCGAGUUGCAAAUACAUAAGACUAUCUCU